AUGCAGAAACCUGUGGAACCAAAGGGCACGUACAACUCAGUUAGGUCCUCAUUUUUCCUGGCUGUCAAAGUCAGCUUGGAGCUCUACUAUGACCGAGGGAACCACCAUGAAUUUGUGUCUCUGGUGAAAGACCUGGCCCGUCCUGGCGAGUUCACUCAGUCACAGACAUUUGACUUUGAAUUCACACAUGUGGAAAAGCCUUACGAGUCUUACACUGGGCAGAAUGUGAAGUUACGGUAUUUCCUCCGAGCUACUGUCAGCCGCAGGCUAAAUGAUGUGGUGAAGGAGAUGGAUAUCGUUGUGCACACGCUCAGCACUUACCCAGAACUCAAUUCCUCUAUCAAGAUGGAGGUGGGGAUUGAGGAUUGCCUGCACAUCGAGUUUGAGUACAACAAAUCCAAGUACCAUUUGAAAGAUGUGAUCGUAGGAAAAAUCUACUUCCUGCUGGUGCGGAUCAAGAUCAAACACAUGGAGAUCGAUAUCAUCAAGAGAGAGACAACAGGGACUGGACCAAACGUGUACCAUGAGAAUGACACAAUAGCUAAAUAUGAGAUCAUGGAUGGAGCCCCUGUGAGAGGGGAGUCCAUUCCAAUCAGACUCUUCUUGGCGGGCUACGAGCUGACACCAACUAUGAGGGACAUCAAUAAGAAGUUCUCGGUGCGUUAUUACCUCAACCUGGUGCUGAUAGAUGAAGAGGAAAGGCGCUACUUCAAACAGCAGGAGGUGGUGCUAUGGCGAAAAGGAGACAUCGUGAGGAAGAGCAUGUCCCACCAGGCAGCCAUCGCCUCUCAGCGGUUUGAAGGGACGUCCUCCCAUGCUGAGGCCAGGACCCCCAGCCAACCUGCAGAGAACAACAGCCGGCAGUGA